AUCCGGAAUACCAUUAAAUGGACAAGUGGACUAGAUCCAUAUUUCAAGGAAAAUGAUAGAGAGGAUCCUACAUUGCUGUGGCAAUAUUUUGGAAGCUCUGAUGGAGUGUAUAGGAUAUACCCAGGUAUAAAAGCAAUAAAUUUGUACUAUAAAGAACAAGUCACAUUGUUAUUUUUUCGAGGAUAGUCAAUAAAUAUUGUAAUAAACAUCCUAUUCAAUGCCAGAGUAAAGUGGUAAAGGUUUUUGUGUUAAUAUCUUGCUUUUCCUUUAUUUAAGGUUUUAAGUGGCAAGAUUCAAGUGAGACAGAUGUGUUUGAUAAUCGGCGACGUGGAUGGUAAGAAAGCUGGACUUCUUUCUUUAUAAGUUUUAACAUACCAUAAGCUGAACAGCUAGGACGUUUUUUUGGUUAUUUUUUUCCUUAAUAGUUUCCUAAAUAAUGAAAGUAUAGUUGGCGAUCAUGCGCGGUCAUGCCUCUGGUUGGUCGCAUGGUUGGAGCAAUCAUUAGCGUAGCCCUGCUCAACAAAUCUUCAUUCAUCAUUGCUUCAACAUCCACUGAAAUUCAUUUUGACAAUUUCAUUUCAAUGUUUUGUUCCAGUGGUUGAGCAUGAAGUGUUCAUCGAUCACUGGUUCUAAUUCUUACAAGUCAUAUGUAAAAUUUCAGGUAUAUUCAAGGCUCAAGCUCACCCAAAGAUGUAGUUCUCCUGCUGGACUUGUGAGUAAUUUAAACCUGCUCAAAUUUAUGUCCUGAAAUAAGCAGCCACACUAUUUAUUAAGGGCCUUCCCUUGAAUGUGCACCCAGCGUCCUCUUCUAUUAAGGGAAUGAGAAGAUUUCUUGAACAAGACACCUACAAUAGCCUUAUGGGGGUUCAUUGCUCACUCAUCUGCCGACUGUGUGUUUUUAAGUCAGGGCUAUAUAGUAACUCCCACUAUUUAUGAAUAAAAACGGGUAAGUUAGCCUUUUGAAACAAGAAACAGUUGGCAUUAUCUUCAACUGGCAUGACAGGAUAACGAGACUAAUUUGAUCCAACUGGAAAUUCCAAAAAGUAUUGUCAUUCUAUGCUUAUAAAGCAUGUGUGUCGAGGGUCAACGUUUGUUUUUUUUUUGACGGUAAUUUUCUGUUUCUUUAAACUAGCAAAGAAAAAUUAAGUUUCAGUUUUAUUUCUGUCAGAUAUUGCAUUUAAAGCCCUUCUAACUAUCCAAGUCAUCUGUUUGACAGGGCGAUUUACAAAUAGCGUAUUCCCUUCUUGUAAGAAAAGACUUUUCACACCAGAGGACUGAGGGAGAGAGAGGACUGCAACAAGUUGUAGCUUUUCCCAUGGGGAACGUGGAAAUUAAACCCUUUUUAUAUCAACAAUUUAUAUUAUAAUUUUGCUUUUACAUUAUAAUUGCGCUCGACAUAAAUGCAGGGAAGCAGAACAGUAAAUUAAUUAUUUUUAAGCCACUUUUUUAUUUUGAUAAUGGGGAGCUUAAGCAACUACGACGACGACCACAACGACGACUUCAAAAAAACCAUAGCUUUAAUGAUUAAAACAACAGCUAUGUCACAUUUCUUUGACGUCCACUGCACGACUACGACGUAAAACCAGCUCCUAAUUUGACGUUUUAUGGAGGACGUGGACAUACGACGACGAAUUUCCCUUCAUCUUUUUGGGCCUGAAUAAAAUACUUAAGAAUUCAACUCCAGGAAAAGUCGCCUGCAUUUGACAUAUAUUGGGAGGGUCCAAAUCGACGCGAUUAAGUUUGAAAGAACGCAAAUUCAUUUUUUUAGCGACGUUUUCACUGCCGCCGUCGUCGUCGUCCUUGCUUAAGGCUAAUGUUUGUGCAAUAAGUGACCUCGCCGUCUUGUAGUCCCCCCCUUCUCCCGUCAGCAUGCAAAAAAGCAGUGUCCAAUAACCCUGACCUAGUAUUCUGCUAUACGUCCUACUGAAUCUUGUUCUUAACUUGCUCAAGGGGAAAGUGAAGCUUUUUGUGGAAUUCAAAUUGCAGAAGAACUGUGAUCAAUUUUGCUCAUCCAAGAAUUUUUGGGGCCUAGUUAAAAUGUCUUUUGGGCCAGCACACGCUACAGCUUGCCUGAAUGGCAAGCUAUAAUAAAAGUGACUAGUUGGUACAUGUAUCUCCAGUCCCUCUUUUUUAAAAGAAAAAAGUUGGUAAGCCCCUCUUUUCUCUUAAACCCCCCUCCCUGCCAUCUGUUUUUUGAUCACAAUGACUAUAAACACUUCGUGCACAUAUUAUCAUCAGAUGAACAAAGUAAAUGUCUUAUUUAUCUGUUGUUCUAUAAAUCAUUAUGUAUAUGACGUAAGACUGAGCAUUUUCCCAUUUCCAAAACAGGAGUGAACGUCAGACCAUAAAUAUAUCUCCAUGCAGUUUGGUACUGGCAUUUUACUUGUUGAUAUUAAAAUUAAUAGUCUCCUCUCUCUUGAUCUUGAUAACAUCAAAAACAAAAUCUCUGGACUUAAUAGAGGAUUCACCACGGUAUACAUGUAUGAUGUACAAUAAUGGUAUAAUUCUUAGUGCUGUGAUUAACCUAUCUCGUGUAGACAUUUCAUUCUGUUUCUGUUGAUUUGUUGAACAUUAUAGGAGUGGUAGUAUGGCUGGUCAAAAAUUGUCAAUUCUUAAACUUGCUGCAAUGUCUUUACUUGAAACACUCCGAGAAAAUGACUUUGUUAAUAUUGUUGUAAUGGUGAGUAAACUUAAAUGAAAUCAAACAUAUAUGAUACAAAUAAAAUAUUGACAUGCAUGUAACUAAGCUCAGGUAAUUUCUACUGUAAACUUUGAUCUACAUAAUUCUGUCAGAACAAAUUACUGGUGGGUUGUAAACUACUGAGUUUUUUCACACAUGUUAGCCUUUCCCUUCGUUAUUGGCAUGGAUGAAUAUAUAAGCGAAUAUAAUAAUAAAAGUAUAAAGAUGUGUCAAUAUGGCGUUUUAAUAAUAUAUAGAUUUAGCCAGGGCUGAAAGCGAAGCUCUCAAUAAUAUUUAUAGUUUGUUCAAACAAAAUAUAAAAUCGUGUAAUGCGAAGCGGCGAGGGCAACGCCGGAGAACGGUGAAAAACAACAAUAGGUCUACUGAGCAAAAGAGCAACUUUACAUGUGCAGCACACUUUUUUGUACAUUUCUUUGCCGUUGUUUUGCACGACUACAACAUGAAACUUCCCGAAACUUCUUAGUUACACGUUUUGGGGAGGAAAUGUUGUACGUAUUCUCGUUCACCUUUUUUUCACUGCCGCCCAUUUUCACCUUGCAUUGGUGGCCGCUAGCAUUUCUCAUUUUGUCACCCCCGCUAUGUCUUUGUUUGUUUUUGUUUUUUUUUUUAUCUCUCGCUCCUUGUCGCCGUUCUGUCUCGUUGAGCUUCGCUGCCCUGCCUCCUAUUUUUUCUUUUUCUCUGUCUUUCUCUUGCUCUAUAUUCCAAAUUUUGUGGACAUGACAAUUAAUCUAAGCUUAAUACUUUAGACAACAUGGAUACAGAAACAAUUUCCGCUUUCCGUUUUCGUCUUUAUUGACUCUUUAGUUGUGUCUGCUUUACAAAAGGCGGGUUGCUAUGCGAUUUCCCGCCAAAAUAACCGAGCUGCAUUUGGGUUGCCAUACCUGUUGAUUGAGUUAUUUUACAUUGGUAUGCCUGCGGUGCGGACGGACGGUCAUUUGGGCGGUCGGUGUACGAUCACGUGGUUACCAAAUUUUCUGGGAUGGGUAGAUUUACUUACCUAUGGUGCUCCGCUGGCGCGCUUUGCGUGCGCAAGAGCUCCGCUUUAACUAAAGAAAGGAAGUUAAACAUGGAUUUUUCUAAAAUAGUAAAAGUAACAUGAGUAAACAUUCUUAACAUUUCGUAGUCUCUCUCACAGCUGUUUUUGUCUCGUAAUGCAACGCUCUUCCCCAGCAAAUGGCUGUUUGUUAGGAAGAAGUGUUGCGUGACGUGACUAAAAUGGCUGGAGAGAGACUAAAGACUUCCCAGAUAAUGGCAAGAACUUGCAGGCUUCUUCUCACUGCACUUGUCUGAUCAGGCUUUUGUGUGAUGUAAAAAAAGAUCCACUGGGGGCAUAAAGUAACAAUAACUUGCAGGCUAAAUACCCCUUUAGCAUCUUUCUGUCAUAAAAAAAUGUGAAUGGGGAGGAAGGGGAGGGUACCUUGCAUGUUACAUAUGAGUCCUGUUUGUGUAUAUCCCCACUGAGUAGGUCUGAACCCAUGAAUUUGUAUGAGCUAAAUGAUGCAAUAUUUUAUUCUUUGUAUAAUAGGUACAUAAUAAAGGAGCUUGUGUACAGCUGCCCCCUCCCCUCAGAUUUUUUCUGAGGGCAGGGGGUGGCUGUAUGUAGGCUGUUAAUAGAGGUGCUCACUACAGUCUUUUUUUCUUUAAGUUAAAGUGUGCAAAUGUAGGUGAUAAAGAUAACAAAGUAAAACCCUACAUGGUAUGCCAAAUCAACAAGGAUGGUAGUAUUCAAAUCAACAGGGUGAGUAUAGUAAAGUCCCCUAUUUAUUGCUAAGAUCGUCAAGAUCUACCUUGAGCUCAAGUGCUUUAACUGAAACAGGCCAGGGCUGUCAUUUAGAGGCGGGGGCAGGGGAUUUUCCCCAGGCUACUAUGAACGUGACCCCGGCUGCUUUCAAAGGGAAAAAAAAGUUAAAUAGAACCAAAAGAAACCCCUAGCUGUUUGAGUCCCCUCGUACUUCUUGUAUUUACCUGGCAACUUGAAAACGUUGUGACAACCCUGAACGGGCCCAGCCAUCCUGGUUUCAAAUGUACCAUGGUAAAGAGCACUGGGGUGUAUAUAUGCCGGGGGAGGGAGGCAAGAAGAAUAUUUUUCUCGCCUCCAAAACUUUCCCCCAUCCCCUAAGUUGAAUUGAUACUCAUACAACACCAGGCUAGACUUGGUACAUUCGAAACCAAGGUAGCCACUCAUUAGGGUAGGUGCUCCAUUCUGACAAUCUUUUGGAAAAGAAUUUUAAAGUAGGAGACUGUGAACAGUCAAUCAAGUGUAUAACCUGUCACAAUUUGAUGCAGUUCUGUUGUUUUGUGCUUGCUAAGGAACAAAUUUAAACAUGAAGCUGGAAAGAGUGAGUAGGAGUAGUGAGGGACGUCACUGAGGAACUCAAAGGAUGCCGCCGCCGCGCUAUUGUUUUGGGCUAUUGUUCUCAGAUUUGAUUGACAGGCUAUUGUUUAAGACUCAUCAAAAAUGCAAGAUGGCGCCGAGCGCUCGGAGAGUGUUCGGAACUUAGUGACUUAUGACUAUGUAAAUGUGAUCUUAUAUAUGUGGAUCAAGGUCAUGACUUACACUUGCGGGACAGAAUGUGUCUUGUGUACUACGCAUGCGCAAUAGCGCAUGUUGUGUAAAAACGUUCUAAAACGUUUUCUAAGUAUUUCGCAAAGUUUUUAUUCGGUUCUAAGUAAAAGAAAAAAGUCUUUCCCAACCUUGCUAUCAUCGCAAGAUUAAGAAAGAACGGACUGACCGGGAAUCGAACCCGGGUCAUCUGCGUGACAAGCAGAGAUACUAAACCACUGUACUAUCAGCCCUUUCCCAGUAGAUCACAGCAAAGUAGUCGGUUUAACCAUGUUUUAUUAUGUUGAUGUAAUGAAUUAUUAUUAACAAUGCAGUAAUUAUUUGGUAAAGUCAUCGACCAGAAGUUUACUUUUACAACCACUACAACAUUACAAUCACUACAACAGUCAAAGGGAUCACGAAAUCAGUCUUAAAGAAAGAAGUGAGACAUCAAGAUCUUGUCAUUGACCAGCUGAUGGAAAGUCUCCAGCAAAUUGAAAAGGAACUGCUCCCUUACCAGCUAGAGGUUAAACCGACAGCAUACAAUUUACGCCGAAUCUUAUCUGCUUUGAACGUGGAAACCCUUUGAAGAGGAAAUGAUAAAGAGAAAGCAGGAUUUAAUCUGCUGACUCAAGACAUUACCAUUGCCUCAACGUGUCAUUACUUUUGGAGAAAUUAUCAGAUGCAACCAAAAACCUUUAACUUAUAAAACCUUAUGGAAGAGAUAAAACCUUAUGAAAUUUAUAAAACCUUAUGAAAGAACUAAUAACUUAAAUGGGUUACAAAGUUUCUCAACAUCCUUGUCGCUUAUUGUUGGCAGAUUUAAACUUCGUUUAAAAGUCUCUUGCAAUUCUAAAAGAGCCUCAGGGUAAUCGUAAAUGUUUCUCACUCCAAUGAUGGCGGUUUUCUUUACUAGUGUAGGUAAAGCGUGCUGUUCUUCUGACAUCUGAUCACAGACGUAAAACAUAUCUUUGUGAGGAUUAUACCACAACCAAAUGUUUCGCUCCACAUCAUACACAUACACGACUUUGUUGAGGACUUUACUCAUUUCUACUGCCCAGCCUGUUCCGCCCAUGCAAACUUUUCUUUCUGGUUCAGAACAGGUAAAUGCCAGCACCAUGUCCGCUUGUUUCACGACAUGAUAAUUCCGGUGGAUAUACUGUAAACUAAUCGGGUCGGUUAACUGUUUCUUGAGACGAUGAGCCACUUGUGUUGUGAGAGGAAUCGCUUCAGCUAAUUGUUGAUGAGUUAAGGGUUGUAUGGAGGCUUUUCUUGGAUGACAAGGAGGUAUGAGUACAUGCACUGGCAAACCAUAGUGUCUUGCUAACUUUUCUGCUUCUAAAUCCACACCAUUGGCGCCACCAGAGAUGACAGUGAAAGCCAUCGUAUUAUGUGGAGCUGAGUAGAACCAGCGUGAGUUUUAUAGAAAACCAUUGACGUCAUUGCCCGGACAUGUUCAAAUCCCAAAGGACUUGAUCUUUUCUGGGGGCAUGCAUCUCGCAGUAAGAAAGAGCUUUUUGAACAAUUUGAUUCAUCACAUCUUUGUUCAAGUCCAAUAAAGAACGGUUUAAAGUGUCAACAGUAAAAUCGUGAUAGCUGAUAGCUUGUAUAAUAAGUUCAUGCAUAAACUUUUUGUAUCCUUGUAGUAGCGAAGGAUCCAUUUGCUGUAAAAUUUCCUCGAGUCUGUUGGACUGCUCAGUAUUGAUCUUUUGCUGUAGUGGGUCCAUCAGGAAGGAAGCACUGUUGCUUGUUAGCCAAUAACUUAAAAAAUGCCGUGGUUUCUCGGUUCACUUGAUGAAAUACCUCUCGGUUCAAAGCAAACAAGUCGUAAUUCAGUUGAUCAAAGGUCAUGCUGGUGUUCAAAUGGUUCUAUUGGUGAAUAUGCAUCUCAUUAAGGGGACUUAGAUUAUUUUCCCAUGUGACCUGGCUGGGUACAGGGCAAUUCCAAUGGUCCAUUGGUACCAAUGGUACGAUUGGUACCAAUGGAAAAUGAUGCCAUUCCAAUGGUUCUAUUGGUGCAAAACAAGUUCACUUUUACACCAAGUAGAAACGCGCUAAUAAUUAUUAUGAACGUUCUUCCCUCUAUAAGACAACCACGCAAAACAAGUUCGCUUUUACGCCAAGUAAAAGCGCGCUAUAAUUCUUAUGAAUAUUCCUCGUUCUAUAAGCCAACCACGCAAAGCAAAACAAGUUCGCUUUUACACCAAGUAAAAACCUGCUAAUAAUUAUUAUGAAUAUUCCUCGUGCUAUAAGCCAACCACGCAAAACAAGUUCGCUUUUAUAAUUACACCAAGUAAAAACGCACCAAUAAUUAUUAUGAAUAUUCCUCGUUCUAUCAGCCAACCAUGCAAAACAAGUUCGCUUUUACACCAAGUAAAAACGCGCUAAUAAUUAUUAUGAAUAUUCCUCGUUCUAUCAGCUAACCAUGCAAAACAAGUUCGCUUUUACACCAAGUAAAAACGCGCUAAUAAUUAUUAUGAAUAUUCCUCGUUCUUUAAGCCAACCACACAAAACCAGUUCGCUUUUACACCAAGUAAAAACGUGCUAAUAAUUAUUAUGAAUAUUCCUCGUUCUAUAAGACAACCACGCAAAACAAGUUCGCUUUUACACCAAGUAAAAACGUGCUAAUAAUUAUUAUGAAUAUUCCUCGUUCUAUAAGCCAACCACGCAAAACAAGUUCGCUUUUACACCAAGUAAAAACGCGCUAAUAAUUAUUAUGAAUAUUCCUUGUUCUAUCAGCCAACCAUGCAAAACAAGUUCGCUUUUACACCAAGUAAAAACACGCUAAUAAUUAUUAUGAAUACUCCUCGUUCUAUAAGCCAACCACGGAAAACAAGUUCACUGUUACAUCCUAUAAGCCAACCACGCAAAACAAGUUCGCUGUUACACCACAGUAAAAACGCGCCAUAAUUCUUAUGAAUAUUCCUCGUUCUAUAGGCUAACCACGCAAAACAAGUUCGCUUUCACACAAAGUAGAAACGCGCUAAUAGUUACAAAGCGAGGGCGACCUAUAUAUCUAGCGCUAAUAAUAUCCCAAGGUGCUGCGAGUAUAACAAACAUCGUACAAACAUUAAAAUUGAAAGGUAACGCGUCACUGUCGUGUUCGUUCUGUUUAUUGUGAUUCACGAGCAAACAACAACAUGACAUAUGAAUGUCUUCUUUCCUGUACGCAAGCACUAUUUUUUGGUAAUUCAUACUUGUUUAAAAGAACCCGAAACAACGCGGAAAGGCGCGAAACUAGCAAAGUGGUAUUGAGGCAACAGGUUUUAACAACUGUACUCCACUAACACCAAUGGAGUCUAUUUGUGAGUAUUGGACAACCCUCUGGUGUUGGCCAAUGCCUCAAUCAUCAAGGCUCGUAUAAAUUCUUGGUAAGAGCCAAAUUGACUAGGCUGUACUUUUUUUAACAGCUGUUCCAAUUUAGUAGACGGUGUCGUAGCCCCCAUGUCUUUCAGUUAGAUCUUGUUCUUGUUUUUGAACCAAAGUUUUCAGUCUAGCCGCUUCUUCUUGGAGUCUCUCCAACGUUUCCUUAAGAUGUUUAAUCUGUUGCAACAACUGAGCGCAAUAAGUGAGCGAUUUACUAGCGACGUUGAUCCACUCGAUCUCACACAUAAUGACUGAACUGUGUUGCCGAUGCCUAUUUAUAUGGGAUGGUCACGGUCGAAUGAUUCAUCCAGCUUAAUGUAUUCGCGUUGAGACUCUGUCAGCUUUUUCUUGAACAAUAGGGUAACAAUGACUGGACUAUCCUGAUUGAAGUCGGGAAUCAAGUUAUUCCAUUCUGUCACACUCACUUCUAAAAUGUCCACCAAAUUACUCCGCAGGGAAUAAAAUUGAAUGGGGUUACAUUCAAUCGGCGUUUUUUCACUAUUAUAAGCGACAGACUUCAUGAUGGUUUUGUUUCCAUCAAUGCUUUUAGUUAAAUUGCAAGACAAAAACAGAGGACGCAAAUUCUCUGUUCCAUGAGAUUUAGGAUGUUUGGAAGCUUUCUUGUCCCCCGUACUGGUAGUCGUUGUUUCGGUGGUUUUAUGAGAAGAGGGAAUGAUUGGGUGAUCAUCGUACACAUCUGGUACCUGUUCUACAUGCCCAUCCACACCAUACAACACUAAAAAAGUGUUGUCUUUCAAAUCACCUGGGUAGGCUGCUGACAGUGGAAACCCUAUGUCAAACUCAAUGUUUAAUUUAGCAUCUUUACUUGAAGUUUUAGUGAAUUGAAUAGUAAGUGUGUGAUAAUAAAUCAAAUGUGUUUUGUUCUGCUCAUGAGUAUGUUUUUCAACUGUCAUGUGGUUGACUGUUAAACCUGAACCAUCAGCACCAAAGUUAGAACGAUUAAAGAGCCAAGCAUCUUUUUGAUACCAUUCUAAAGCCGCAGUGUAACUGUUGUUUUGCUUUAACGAACUCAUAUCAAUCUGCAGUUUUCCAGUAUAUUUUCCGUGAGAUCCACCAUCCACAAUUUGUAUCCCUCUUAACAAAGUCACACUCAGAGUCCGGGGUUUCCAAUAAUGGGGAGAGACAGGGAGAUCUACAAACUGAUCGUUCAAGUCCAGUCCAAGAUCCAUAUUCCAUAAUGCAAGGUUAGUCAUCCAGGGUUUGAACACAUUCAAAACAGUUUUUGGGGUUUCAUAGGGUUGAUGAAUCGCUUUGUCAAAAGCUUCAUUUAAAUUCACAAAGCGCCAACUAAACGUAGAGCAAAGAUACAGCAAUCCAUCUACUACAUGAAUGGGUUGAGUAAAUGUAAAUUUUGCAUUGAGACAGGUUGUAGGAUCUGGUUUUACGCUAGUCGUACCAUCUGGAAGUUCCAUGAGUAAAUUUGGCCCCACUGCAAACACAUUGUUAGCUGUUUCUACAACCCAUCCAAUUUGUUUAGCCAAGAUCAAAUUAAUGGUUAAAUAAGUACACUUUUUCUGUUGGUACUUUUAAUAUUGUAAUGUCGAAGCAGCCAAGUCGUGUAAUUAUCUUGAGCAGAAACAUCUAUUCUCCAAUUAUCGCUACUGUCUGCAAAUUCAUACCCCGUGGGUAAUUUUUUGUUUAAAUCCUGUUCCAUCUACCGCAGGCAUUUGGACAUAAAAUCAAACCCAUUGGAGGCAUCUUGCAAAUCGGUUGUUUUAAGUUGGGACAAAAAUUCUUGAGAUUGGUUAGAUUUGAAAGCUUUGGCAUAUUGUUGAAAUAAAAUAUCGGUAUCGCUCCCUUUGUAUAAGUUGUGAAUCGACCGAAUACUGAAAGGUUUGCUAGGAAUUAUGUCAUGUUGUUGUUGGGGCGGGGAGGAACUGACAUGGGUUGUAACCACAUGGGGAAUGGGAUUGGAAGCACCAGGUAACACACUUGCCAAACCCACUUUCCAUUUGCCUGGAAACCAUAAGCUUUGAGGCAAACGGUAUUGAAAUUGCGUGGGUGAAUUGUCUGGAAAUUCCUGUGUUUUUUGACUAGUCAGCGUUACAUAAAACGAGUUGUCAUUUGGCUGAGUCAUGUUGUUUAAUAACAAUGACAUGAGCUUAUGACUCUCUUUUAUAGUUUGCCCUAACAUGUUUAAGUCCCAAGGGGGUGAUUAGGGUGAGUUCGUGACAGGAUUGACGUCAUUGCCCUAACAUGUUCAAUUCCCUAAGGGAUGUCAAGUGAGUAUAAAUCUGUGUGAUUUUUGACUAUGUGUUAUCUGCAAGAACCAGCGUUUAACAUGGAAGCUCCCAAGAAGAAAGCCAGAAAAGCCAAAAAUAAGACGGGAGAGGACGUCGUUCAAGCAGUUCUAAACACGGAUCCAAGGACUGAGAAAGCAGAGCCUCUUAUUGAAGAAUGGACAGUUCCCCUUUACACUACAGGCGAUAAGUUUAGGAUGCAGAAUUACCUGGACCCAGAACCUCAAGUGAUUGUCAAUAAACAACUGCCUUCCUAUGAGGAAAUGCAGCAAGCCUGUCGAGAUCUGUUCAAUGGUCCAAGUUCCAUGGAAACCCAACCAGACCUAGCUCCCCAACAGAUCACGGAAGAAGGAGUUGCUGUCUUACCCAAUGGUCAAACUGCAGAAUGGUGGCCUAUGGAAGGGGAAUUUGAUGUACCUAUGUUAGAAGAACUGGCUCUGCAAGAAUAUCUGAUGGAUGCAAGCAAACCUGUGCAUACCAACUUUGUUCUGCCUGAACAAGGGCUUGCUCUUUGUUAUACAUGCCCUGUGUACUUUGGCAAUGCAGACAACAAGCAGACCGUGUUGAAUACCAUUUGUAGCAGCAUUCACCCCAAAAUCCAACAACAAUGGGGAACCUUUGCCUGUCAUUGUGGAUUAGUACCUAGACUCAAGCUGAGUCAAACCCCAAGAAAUCCAAACAAAGUGUUCCUAUCCUGCCCUAAGGAGAGAGAAGCCCGAUGUAAUUACUUUCAGUGGAUUCACCAAGCACCUAAACCUCUGAAGGUCCCUAAAGCUUUUACUCGCUCAGUUCUCAAGAAACGAAUGCAUGACAUGGUAGAAGCAAGAUUACAGUUAGAGAAACGACCAAAAGUAGAAGAAGGAGGAUUUAAAUUUCCCUAAAAACACUUUGUUUAUUGUAAAAAGUUGGUUGUUGUUUAAAAUUAAACAGGUUGAUCUUAUUAAAAACGUGUGUUUAUUGAUCUAACCCCCUUGGGGAUUCUUGCCCGGUCUUGCCCAAUACCGUAGGGACCUUAGGAGUCUUAUAAAAUUGGGAUUAUGUUUUGUUGAAAUCACAGUAAGAAGAUCAUGCGAUGAUGAAUGUCGACUUUGGGGGACCUGAUGAUCCUUUAAACACUCAAUUUGUGCUCUCAUGUUUUGACGAAAAGAAACUCUGCCCAAGAUUUUAUGGAAAGAAUGUAGACAAACUGAAAGUGUAUGAGGCCUUAACGAAAGACAUGCAUGCAGAAGUGAAAAGUCAAUGGGGAGAAUUGAAAUGUCAUUGCUCGCGAAUUCCUAUCCUUCGCCUUAGUAAGACAGCCAAAAACCUGAACAAAGUCUUCUUAAUCUGUGGAACACCCGCUUCAGCUGAGACUCGCUGCAAAUAUUUUCAGUGGAUUCACACAGCGCUGUUUAUCGAUAAGAGACCACCCCAUAAACUCAAGUAUGCGACAAACCUUAGCAGAGCAGAAUGGAUGCGACAAGCGGAAGCGAAUGUUGAAACGUGGAAACAACGCCAUGGUUGGUACAACAAACAAGAUGCCCAAACUCAAACGUCAUGUUUGAACCAGUUUGCUGAAUCAGCCCAAACAUUUGCUGAAUCAGCCAAAAAACAAGAAGAGCAAAGAAAAGCGCAAACCAAGUAUCCUUGGAAGAGCACUCCUCUGCCAAGCACCUUUCAGUCGAGUCCAGAGAUAGCCAAGGAACUCAAGAAACGAGAGCAAUGGAAGGAGGUUGUGAGUAUUGCCAACCAUAGGUUUAAUUCUCGUGUGAAAGGAUGGCACCAUCUUCCUCCAGCGGAUGCCAAUGUAGCCGAGUAUUUAGAAAAACAAAAAAGCCAAGGGCAUUCUCUGUCACCUGCCGAUGAAAAGUUCUUAAAUGCCUGCAUAGCAGAAAAAUAUGAUGAGUGGAAACCUCCUCCUGGAGCUGAAAAGUAUGAAAAGAACGAAGCAACCGUCGCUGAAGCGGUGUUUGAGGACUGGUCUUUUGGUUAUUUGCCUGAAAAAGUGUUCAGUUUGGCUUCCUAUUGCCGCAAGAAAAAGAAGGAGGGAUUGCCUUUAACACCUGUGGAGGAACGUUUUUUUGCUCAAUUGGUGAAUGUACAUGCAGACGAGCAAAAACAAGAAAAAGAAAAGAGAUUUUUGCAAGAAUGUGAUGCAAACAAUGCAGAGAGAAGAAAAUGUGGAUUGCUUCCUUAUUCCUAUGAAACAUUUAGAACAUUUGGAUCUGGUAUCUUUUGAGUGACUCUUUAAAGAAUGAUGGUUAAUGUUUUAAAUAAAAAGUGUUGAAAAGGAAUGGUUUGUUUUCUUGUUAGGGUUAAAAUGUUAAUCAACCUUAGCCCCUUGGGAUUAGGGUUAGGGUUAGGGUUAGCGUUAAGGUUAAAAUGUUAAUUAGCCCUAGCCCCUUGGGAUUAGGGUUAGGGUAUAAAGUGGGUGAUUUGUUUUUAAAAACAGUCAUUCCAUCAUGGGAAAUCUACAGUAUAGAAGUACUGUGUGGGUUUGUCGCCGAUUGUCUAACGACCUAUGCUCUGAAGACACUUGUCAACCUAUCAGACUGUUUGAAUGGAUGAUACAUCAUAACCAUACAUCCUGGGGGCGUUAUGCUGUGUACCUCACUUGGUUGCAUCGCCACUUUCCUUCAAAAAGAAUCGAGGUGUUUGACUAUUUAAAGAGGCAUUAUUCCAAGAACAUGUAUUCAUUUUGGUAUUUAGCAGGACAGUAUCUAUCGUACUAUGGACACAAAAUUAUCUUCUUUUUAUGCCGAUCCUACAGAACCUGGAUCACUGGGCGGUGUUGCCAAAUUUGCCAAAGCACACAAAAUUCCUGUCUCCCAAGCCAAGAAGGAACUGCAACAAGUGCUAAGUUACACACUGCAUAAACCAAGACGUCGACGUUUUAAAACAUUACCCACCCUGGUGUUUAAAAUCAACGAACAAUUUGUGAUGGACUUGGUGGAUUUGCAAAAACUAGCCAAAUACAACAAAGGCUACAAAUAUUUACUGACGGUGAUUGAUGUACUGUGAUGGGUAGAACUGUCGAAAUUUGCGUUACAGAGGAUUAGAACGUUUGCCUGAAAAAGUACAAACAGAUUCUGGCGGUGAAUUUUAUAACGCUAAAGUGCAAGCCUUUUUUAAAAAACAAGGAGUGAAUCAUUUUUCAACCCAUGGUGAUCCUCACGGCUCGGUGGUGGAACGAUGGAAUCGAACAUUGAAAACGAACAUGUUUCGUUAUUUCACUGCUCAUAAUACUUUGAACUAUAUUGAUGUGUUACCUGCUUUAGUCAAAACCUAUAAUCAUACGUUUCACCGUAGUAUUCAAGAAAAACCAGUCAAUGUCAACGAGUCCAACCAAAUCGACAUUUGGUAUCGAUUAUAUGAUACUAAAAAAGACAUCAAAGUGAAAAAACCACAAUGUCAAGUAGGGGAUAAAGUAAGACUUAAUAAAAAAUUUCGUCCCGAAAGUGUUUUUAGUCAAACAAAUUUAUACGACAAAACCCGUGGUCACGUAUAAACUCACGGAAUGGGAUGGUACUCCUAUAAAAGGAACGUUUUAUUAUGAGGACCUGCAAAAAGUACUUGUAGCGGAUGAUUCGCUAUUUCGUAUUGAUCACGUCUUAAAACGCAAAGGGAAACAAGUCUUUGUGUCUUGGAAGGGUUGGUCGAAAAAAUACAACUCUUGGGUGUGGAAAAAAGAUUUGCAAACACUAUGAAGAGUUUUCGAUUAACCUUGAUCAGUGAUCCAACAGAGGAACAUCCCAAAAACAAAAAUAAUAAUUUUAAAGUUCCUUUACCAGUGCGGCUUAAUUUAGAAGGCAAUAACUGGCAAGCCAGUUUGUGGAGUGUGUCUGUUCCCGAUGUAGGACAUAGUUCUGCGGUCAUUCACAGUAAUAGUGACACCAAGAUACUCAAUUAUCGCUACACCCUGACCAAGCGUCAUGCAGUGUCUAGCGAUUGGUUUAUUAACUUUGAGUCCAAAGACAAAACGGUGACUUUAAAAGAUGUCAUGGGUAGCUCCUAUCCUGUUUAUUCAGGUCAUCAAUUAUGGCAGAAUAUUUUGACCCAUAUGGAACAAACCAUCAUGGAAGAUGUCAAGUCAUCCUUUGACACUUGGAAAACAACCAAAGGUAAUACAGCCACUGUUUCCCUGAAAUCUACUUGGAAACCCACGUUUGAAUGGAACGAAAACACACUCGUGUUGAAAAAAGUAUCCCGUGAAGAUGUGUUUGCUCGUGACAAACAGCUAAACAUUCGCCCCCUUUCCUCUGUAGGGAUCCAUGUGGAUUUUGCAGAAAAGUUUGGUUUAUUGUUCAAAGACAAAAACAACCAACACCAAUUAGGCCCCAAUUUAGACUUUGUCUUACCCGCAACCGCUUAUACAGCAGACACUCCACCCGUCAAAAGCAAUGAUAACUAUCAAUGGCUAGGAGAGUAUUUUGUGAGCAUUAGUCCAGCAGAUUUAGGAGGAAGCUCGCUAUUCAAAGUCAAACAAGAGAAUGGUCAAUCGUAUCUGUAUCUCACGCGUACUGCGGAUUGGCAUUUUCAAAAUCUAAAUGCCCUGUUUAAUACAUAUGUGGGAACUGUAAAACAAGCCGUCAUGAUUUAUUGCGAUGCUGUAGAAUCUAUCAUUGUAGGAUCACAACGUCAUUCCCUGUUAAGAAAAGUGGAAUUAGAACGAAAAGGAGAAGGGGGAGCGACCAUAGAACCUUACCAUCGUGAAUGGAUUCGAGGUCGAAAUCAACACAUAGAAAGCAUUGAAGUGUCAUUGGCUACACCAGAUGGGUCCUUGCUGGUCUUAUCCCCCGUCAAAACGAUCAUUACCCUUGGUUUUCAACACGUAUAAAAGAGACCCUGUCUUAUGGAAACAUCACCAUUACAACAAACAACAUGUUAGGAGGAUCACUGACACGCUAUCAUACCCCCACUAUGUAUGGGAAAGGGUUUAUGCAAGAUUUGGUGAAAUUAGCGGGACCCAGUGUAGUACGCUCGAUUGGGCAUGGAUUACAUGCUUAUGAAAAAGGGGCGUCAGCUUCCGAAGCCUUAAAAGGGUCAGGAGAAGUGUUAAAAAGAGGACUCUAACGUAAAAUACCGCCGCUAUUGGCCUGGCUGUGAAAAGCAAAGCCAAACAAACCUAUAAAAAGAAACGACAACAUGUGAAAGACAUUUUAGGCGUGUAAACCAUGAGACAAGGACAGAAAUCACAAUCUCGCAUAAGACAUCAACGACCUGUGGGUCGUUACCAUUCACCUUAUCAACGGGGAGGCACUAUUUUUAGACAGCCUCCCAACCCCUGGCGAUUUACUAAUCCGUAUGAAAUGGCAAGAAGAAUAAGAAAACAAAGAGGAGGAAAAGUGCAUCCAGUCAUUUACCCUUGGAAAAACAAAGGACGGAAACGUAUAAAUAGACGGCGCAAACGCCGUUAAGCUAUCAGUCUGUCAACAUGUCACUGAAUCUGUUUGACAUUCCCAACAUUGACUAUAGGUAUGAAGCCAAACGGUGGAUUCCUUUCAAACCUGCUAAUACUGGAACACGGCCUAUUCUUUUUACGGUACCGACAGGAGAUGAUUAUUAUGAUUUAAAUGAAACAAAACUGGAAAUCAAAGUACGACUAAACACUGCAGGGACAGAAGGUAUUUCUAGUGGAGAGGGGGCACCUUCGGAUGCCAAUAAUAGCAAGUAUGUCUAUUGUGUCAACAAUUUUGGGCAUUCCCUCUUUAAUCAAAUGAAUGUGUCUUUCAAUGGAGUGUUGAUGACAGAACAAAGCAAUGCCUAUCAUCAGAAAGCUUACCUAGAAACCCUACAGAAUUAUAAUCGUCAAGAAGGAGAAACGACCUUAGCUGCUCAAGGAUGGGUGAAUGAACUUAAUGUUCGUGAAGAGUUAACCCCACAAAAUGCAGCCAAUGAUGAUGAACCCAACCCAACAGCAUGGAAUGGAAAAACAGGUCUGAAAGCACUGACCAGUCGCUUACUCGGUAAAGCGUACCAUACCUUUAUCAUCAAACCCCACAUUGCUGUGUUCAGAACAGGCAAAUGUUAGGUACCUAAUGUGCAGAUUGAUUUGGAAUUGCAUUUGAAUGACAGCAACAUGUUUCUGUUUGGCACCCCGGACACAACUGCGUCUGUCAACAAAAAGAUUCCAACACUGGGAGACAAUGAUUUGUUUGUCACAUUGUGGAUGAAAAAAGUCACGCUCCAUGCCUCCGUGUAUUCCAGGCUACAAAAAGAAAGAAGUUUAAGUAAAACCAAAAAAGUUCGUUACCCAGUCGUUCGAAGUGAAAUCCGAACGUAUUCGUUCGAUGGGAACAGCACACGUUGGUCUCAGGACAAUGUCUUCUUGAACAAGGUACCUAUCAAAGUCAUUAUCGGACUCAUGAAUUCCACGAAUUACAAUGGAAGUCUGAAGCAUUACCCAUUUGCCUAUGAAAAGUUUGGGGUCACCCGAGUUCGACAGCGAAUUGACGGCAAAGAAUACCCGUAUAGAGCCUUGGAGCUCACAGGCAAUUCCAAAGCAGAAGAUUUAGUAGGCUAUGAUCGCUUCCUCACAGCGUCAGGCGCUUACAAGCACCACAGGGUACCCAUGCUGCUACCAAGCGACUGGGAACAAGGCAAAAAUUGUACCUUGUUCAUGUUUAGCAAUGCUCCAGGGGAUGCUGACGAUCCUACUCAUAGAAAUCCUAAAAUCACGGGGAAUGUCAGCUAUGAAAUUGACUUCAGAGCUAAUGUAGGUCACAAUGUGACGGUAGUCGUUUGGAGUGAGUAUGAAAAUGUCUAUGAAAUAGACCAGUGGGGAGGCAUUCUUUAUUCCAUCAACAGCUAGGAUGGAGUUCGUACCUCUCAGUGAUACAGUCCUCAAUUACUUAGCAGAAGAUGAUCGCGAAUUACGGCCUUAUUUUCGUGGUGUGUUUCCAGCCAAUCAAUUACCCCCUGGGUCUAAGAAACGAGUGAAUGCUUACAUUGUUAACCCAGAUCCAGCGAGUCAACCGGGGGAACAUUGGUUAGCGAUUUGGACAUCACACUACCUGUGAAGUUUUUGACAGUUAUGGGUUACCGCUCUCUACCUACAAAAACCCUACCUUACAAGCUUGGUUCAGUCAGUGGAAAGAAAUCAUUAGCAGUGAUCAGACUUUACAAGCCAUGGAUAGUUUUACUUGCGGCCAUUAUGCACUUUUCUUUUUAAAAGCAAAAGCCAGACAUGCUUCUUUUCAAGAUUUUUUAGCUCAGUGGCAUUCCAAUAAUUUAGUGUUAAAUGAUAGACAAGUCGCAGACAAACUGCAGCGUCUCAUUAAAACAGAGGUAACCGAGUAUGAGCAAUCUAAUGUAAACCGUUCUUCUUUUUUCAUUCAUGAAUAAAAUUGUGUAUGUUACUUUUGACGGUGUCAUUUUUAUCAUGAUAUUACGGGGGGAUGUUCAAAAAGUGCUCCAUGCACUGUUAGAAAACGAAUGGUCUUAUUGGACAGAUCACAAGCAAGAAUGGAUCAAACUCUGUUUGAAUCCAGCAGAUCAGUGGGAUGGGUAUCAUUGGCAAUUUGUACGAUGCUUAGUGCAAGCUCAGUUGUGGUGGGACUUAAGAAAUCAUAUAAAAGGAAUAGGUGAAACCCAUUUGAAAGAUCAGAUACUUCUACUCAUUCAGUUGAACUCACCGCGAUUGUAUCAACAACUAUGGCCCGAAAGCGAAAACAACGAGUAAAAAAACAAAAAAGUCAAAAAGGGGGUGCACGAUUUAGGCGAAAACCCCGUUUGGUAGAUAAAAUAGCCGAGGGAGUUGCCAUGGGUCUGUCUGGUCCUUCUCCUAAUUUUAUCAAAUUAGGAGCCUCUUUAGGGAAACAAGCGCUGAAAGGUAUAAAAGAUAACGUACAACAUUACAGACGGCGAAACUGAUUCGACAACCCUCUAGUGUGAUUGUAGCGGGUCCCUCAGGUAGCGGGAAAAGUGAAUUAGUGGAAAAAUUACUCAAAGAAAAAACAUUGUUUGACCCUCCUCCGAAAAAAAUAGUGUAUUGUUAUGACCGAUGGCAACCCCGAUUUGAUCGCAUGAAAAAACACAUUUUGUUUUACAAAGGACUUCCUCCUGAAGGAGCGCUUGUCAAAUGGUUUAAACCAGAACAUCAUGGCACACUCAUUUUGGAUGAUUUAAUGGAAGAAUCGUGGAGCGAUAAACGGGUGUUGGAUUUAUUUACAAAAGAUUCUCACCAUCGAGGCAUUACCGCUCUUUAUAUUACACAAGAUCUCUUUCCCCCAGGCAAGUUUGCGAAAACGAUUAACCGCAAUGCGCACUAUGUGAUUUGUUUUAAAUCACCCAGGGAUAAGACAGGAAUUCGACAUUUACUGCUUCAAGUGUACCCUGAAAAAUGGCGUCAAGUACUCAAAUUGUUUUUAAAACUGACCUCCCGUCCUUUUGGUUAUUUUAUGUUGGAUUUACAUCCUGCUCCGAUGACUGUUUUCGUAUUUGGAGUCAUUUAACCAAAGAAGAGGGAGCUACGCGUGUUCAUACCUUUGACGAAGAUAUAAAUAGCCGUUCCCUCUCCAACAAACGCCAAUUUAAACAUGAAACGAAAAGGACACCCAAAAAGAAGAAAAGGUAAACAAGGGGUAGGAAGGCAACGAGGCGGGAUUGCUCCCAUGUUAGCCGCAGCGAUUCCAGCUUUAGCUGCGGGAGGAAAAGCGGUUGCGUUAGGAGGUUUAAGUGCAUUAACAAAAUUUUGUACUAGAAAAGCCAUCCAAGCGUUAGAGAAAAAGAAGUAUAAAAGGAAGAGACGUCAACGAACACGAAGAAAGAAAUAAACAUGACAGGGCGUAUGACUAGACAGAGUCAUUUUUUAAACGAUGUGUUAAAAGAAGCUAACCAAAAUAAGCGGCAACAAAAAUUACGGUAUGCGAAUGCAGAUCAAAUUAAUGCUGUGAGUGAGUUAGUGAUGAACACAUUGCGUGGGAGUGUUAAACCUGGGAGAAAAACAGCGAGUCGUAUAAAACCCUAUCGUCAAUCUCUUCGAGUCAUUGCCAACCCUCGCCAGAGUAUAAAAAAGCGCAAACAUGUGAUGAGUUCACAGAUAGGUGCUGGUGCGUGGAAAGAAUUACAUCGCUGUUAUCAUUGUGCUAAAAGACAAUAUCACUAUUAAGUCAUGAAACGUAAAGUGAUACAACGACUUCUCUGUGUCUUAGACCAUUUGCUUUUACUGACACAAAUGAUCAAAGAGUUUCGACAAAAAGUCAAAGAGAGAUGCAGAUCCAAACCAAUAUAAAAAGACAAGGCUUAACGCUUAUUUUCAUUAGCAAGCAUGGACGGCAUUUCAUCCACACCAAUUGAAAACUCAGUGCAAUUUUUACGCUUGCGAGAUAAAUAUAAAUAUAAUCUUUUAGACGAUAGCCGUUUAACCAAAGCAGCAGGUUUAGCCGCUCAAAAAGAACUUUUGUUGGAGAGUCCAGCCCCGGAUACAUGGAAAGAACCUCGUUUAAAAUUAGUCAACCGAGAAUUAUAACAAUGGGUCAAGAAAAUUCGUCAACCCGGAGGAACGCGAGGAAUAAGUCGUGAUGAAGACGACAGUGAUGAUGAAAAUUUAGCCGUAGGCCCGUUUACAACAUUUUAUGGGAAAUAUUUCCAAAAUCAGUAAGGCUAUAAAAAGGAAAGCAGAACCGGUCACUCCUCAAUCAGUGUUACAAACGUCUGUGGUCAAACAAACUCCUUCUACGAGUGACAAACCCAAGUUAACUUUUAAGACAGGAUCCAAGGCAAAGCGGCUGUUACCCAAAACCCCUAAAAAGACUCCUUCCACUGGUUACAAGACCCCUAAAAAGAAAAAGACUCCUUCCCCUCCUUCCGGUGUUUUUAGUACGGCGGACGAAGACGUUCCCGCUAAAUCCCCUUUUCAAAGAGCUCAGGAGAGUAUUGAAAAAAAAUUUAACGAAGCAUCACAAAGAGCUCAAGAAAGAGCUUUAAAGAAACUUGCCCCUGCUCCAGGUUGGAAACCGUUUGGGACACCGGCAAAAAGGCGAUUAGAUGGGAAAGACUGGUAAGAGACAGGUUCGCAGAAAAAGACCGCAAAAAAAAAGAAAGCGCAGACAGCGCGGGGCUGCGUUGGAUAUUCAGAGGCUUAUUGAAAAAACAGGCAAAGAGUUUCAUUGGCCUAAAAUGAAUUAUCUUGGUCCAGGGACUCAGCUUCAAAAAAGACUAAGGAGAGGCGAUCAAGGAGUGAACAGAUUAGAUGGAUUAGCAAAAAUCCAUGACAUCGAUUAUUCCAAAGUGAAAAAUUUACAGGACAAGUGGAAAGCGGACGAUAAAAUGAUUCGUGCUAUUUCAAAGCUCCCAGGCAAGAAAACCAUGCAAGAACGGAUUGUUAAAAAGAUCAUGCAAACAAAACGCAAACUUAAGCUGUAAUUCUGUUUUUUAUUCACUUAAUAAAAUGUGUUGUUACAUUUAAUUUGUCUCAGUCUUUUUUAAAAUGCAGUUGAAUCACACACUGACUAUUCGAUUGAAAUUGAACUAGUGUACCAUCCAGUUCUUUCAGGGUACUUGUACUUCUUCCCAAUGAUUGUCUCGUACCUCUUGAAAGGUUUCUUGAACGGGAGUAAACGCAUAGCGCUGUCUUCCUUCAGGCGCAUAAUAGACUUGUCCUAAGGAUUGCGUGACGGUUUCUUUGUUGGCCGUCACGUUUGCGGUCACUUUAAGCGGGCGGGGGUGAAGAUUUAAGGCAUCUUUAAAACAUUGGUUGAGGUUAAUAAAACGCCAAUCGGAAAGAGUACUUAACCAAAGCCAAUUGCCCUGAAUGUCGGUCACUUUUCCAUUAUUCAAAGAAGUGGGUCCUUUAGUGUGAUUUGGGUAGCUAUGCACCAUAUUGGGGCCCAUGCUAUCAUGUUGAUUGGUCUUAGGAUUCAUCCAGCGCAAAUAUUUGGCGAACGGUUUGUAAAUAUAAAUUAAAUUACUUGUUGUAGUGUUUGUUAAGACAAGUUCCGGGUGAACUCCUUUUUUGUCCCAGGCUAAGUUAAUCCAACGCGUUGAGCUAAACUUAAAACCGUCAUCCAAACUAGCAUGCGCUGUUUCUUCUAGUCUAUGUUUUACGGUAUUGAAAAAUUCUUCCCCUGUAUGACAUGUUCCUGCUUUCUCCCAUUCACGUAAAUCGGUUGCUUUCAAAUAACCCUUUCGCCACGUAUCGGAUUGUCCUGCUUUUUCAGUUUCACCCCAUAAUUCGAUUAGAUUUACGUUCGCACUUUGUAAAUCUUUGAAUAAAGACAUUUUUGGUAAAAUAGCUCCAGCCACGGAUACUUUCCAUCCUUCCCCGGGUAACCUUAACUGUGGUUUGACUUUAAACUGAUUGGCUACAUUACUCGCGUACUUUUUGGUAACAUCGCUUACGAGGGUUAAGUAAACGUUCGACAUCUUACGACAAGUAACUUGACCGUAUAAAUCCCCCCGCUAUUUAUACAAACAGACACCACACCAAUCCAUUGGAUCGCGAACUUAGUUUAAUACGUCAUUUCAACUCCCUUCGAUGAAAUGUUACAAACCCUAAUUUAAUCUCAAAAACGAAAGCAUGCAAAUGUUCCUCUCAGGGGUUCGCGCUACCAAGCAACUGUGCCCCUAUGAAAAACUGUAUACAAAAAAAAAAAAACUAAAGCGGGUUGGCGCUACCAAGCAAACCGUACCUGCACUAUUUACAAGUCCAUUAAAAGUUCAGCGUCUCCCCCGAACCAGUUGUAGCCGUAGGGCGUGGAAGAACGAGUGGCAGGGUCAAUCACACGUUUAUCAAACACCAGCUGAUUCUGUUUCUUACGCUCUGUCAGUUUAAUUUUCUUGGUGACUUGGUCCCGUUGAAAGUAAUCGGGAAUGGUAAUCACUAUUUUACGUGCUUUUUUGCAGCGGUUCAUCCAAUUCUUUCAGGAUUUUUUCCUUCAUCGUGUGAUAAUUUAAGACUUGUUUUGUCUCGUAAUUAAGCGAAAACCCGCGUACUUUACAUUCGGUUUUACCUUUCUUGGUGGGGUAGCCAUAGUUUUUCGCCCCGCCACUGCAAAAUUCGACGAUCACGUCGCCUUCAAUCUCGUCGGUGAACUGCCCCAAAAAUUCUCCCAGAGGAAGCUUCUCUUGACCCCGCUUGGUUUUAUAAAUGACCGAGUCUGUAUCGUAAUACAAGACUCAGUCACCUAAAAAAUCAGGGGCAUCGUACAGCUUUCAACGGGCGAGCGAAGUGGUGAACGCCGCGAUAAACACGUUUUGCUUGAACGAGCGCUGAUAUUCGUCUUCGUUUUUUGUGACGACCAACUCCAUGACGUCCUCAGAGCAAAUUCGCACACUGUGAAUGGCAUUGACAGGGUCUUCUAACAGCUGGAAGAGUUGCGAAGGCUGGGUAAUGCAGUGUGUUACAGGUUUGUUCUGCCGUUCACCAAAUUUGCCCCUUAAACUGAAAGAUAGAAUAAAAAAAUGGACAUUUGUUAUUGUUUCCUGCGCAGUCCGCAGAAUAUAAUUUUUGAUUUUCGACCGUGCAGCCCUGUUUGCACAGUAGUAAUCAUUUCACCAUUUGAAAAAUACAGUAAAACACUGCAAAUAAAUUUUUUUAAGUGCAGACUUUUUAAGCACAUUUCCCAUACAAAUCCUUGUUAUUUUUGAAUGCAAGCGUGCAAUCCUAUUUGCACAGUCACAAACAUUUCGCGACCUGACAUUUGCGGUAAAACACCGCAAGUUAACUUUAAAAUGUGCAGACUUUUACUGCAAGUUAAUUUUUAAGUGUGGAAAAACAUGACUCACCUGUUCAAAAGUAAUUUUGCAAUACUUUUCCUCCCAGGAUUCACGGCUAUCUUGUCAGGGUCCAACUUAAUUCCUUCAUGUUGUUCAUACCGUCUCACAUACUCGGCUUUCUGCUCUGGGGUUUCAACUCCGGCAGGCCAACCAGCGCUCUCUUGUUUCAGCUUUAGCCAGGUAUUGACGUAGCCUGCAAAUAGGCCUUGGCGACGAUUUUCUUCAGGAAAGUGCCAGACUUCGUGGAUUUUUAGGACCUGGUAACCUUCCUCCACGGCUUUUUGGAGUUCAGGAGUACACCAGGUUCCCUUCAGCAUACGUUCCUCGCGUGUGUGACCGCACAUAUUGCUCCGUUCUAGCAAAGGGUUGGCUUGCGCGAUGCCAAAGUACUCGCUAAUAUUCUGGUUUUGGGGUUGAUAAAUGAUCUGAGGGAAACCAACAGGAUACGUUCCAUACUUGUUGAUACUUGGGUACAGGGAUGUGAAAUCCACAUAGCUGAUUUCCUCAUCCUCACCAGCUUUUGAGUAAAGGGUCGCGGCUCCCGUUCGCCCUCUAAAGAAUGCGUCUUGCGGUUCAAGCGGCAGGACGUAAUGGAAAGUUUCCAAGAAUUCCACCAACUCUGGAUCUGUUUCUUUCUGUUUUGCGAAGUCGCACCCCCACAUUUCCACUACGUUGUACCCCGCCUCACGAAGGAUGGCCGCUUUCUUUAGCGUUGCUCCAUAGACUUCAUGGACAGUUCGGUCAGGAUGGCAAAAGCGUUUCAGGUUUCCUUGCUUAGGGUAGCAUUUUCGACAGCCGUGAAAAAUGCUCCCAUUAUACUCGUAGACGGUAUUGCUGGCUGCGUGAAACCCAUCCACACUGUACGAUUGAGCAGGGGUGAUCACUUUGACUUCACCCUCCAAGGAAUUUCGUACAUGCUGUAAAAGAGAAAAAAUAAUAAUAUUGUUUCCUGCGCGGUCCGCAGAAUAUAAUUUUUCGAUCGUGCAAUCCUAUUUGCACCGUAGUAAACAGUUCGUCAACUGAAAAAUGCAGUAAAACACUGCAAAUAAAUUUUCUUAAGUGCAGACUUUUUAAGCACAUUUCCCAUACAAAUCCUUGUUAUUUUUUAAUGCAAGCGUGCAAUCCUAUUGGCACAGUCACAAACAUUUCGCGACCUGAAAUUUGCGGUAAAACACCGCAAGUUAACUUUAAAAUGUGCAGAAUUUUACUGCAAGUUAAUUUUUAAGUGUGGAAAAACAUGACUCACCUGCUCAAAAGUAAUUUUGCAAUACUUUUCCUCCCAGGAUUCACGGCUAUCUUGUCAGGGUUCAACUUAAUUCCUUCAUGUUGUUCAUACCGUCUCACAUACUCGGCUUUCUGCUCUGGGGUUUCAACUCCGGUAGGCCAACCAGCGCCCUCUUGUUUCAGCUUUAGCCAGGUAUUGACGUAGCCUGCAAAUAGGCCUUGGCGACGAUUUUCUUCAGGAAAGUGCCAGACUUCGUGGAUUUUUAGGAUCUGGUAACCUUUCUCCACGGCUUUUUGGAGUUCAGGAGUACACCAGGUUCCCUUCAGCAUACGUUCCUCGCGUGUGUGACCGCACAUCUGCUGUAAAAGAGAAAAAAUAAUAUUAUUGUUUCCUGCGCGGUCCGCAGAAUAUAAUUUUUCGAUCGUGCAAUCCUAUUUGCACCGUAGUAAACAGUUCGUCAACUGAAAAAUGCAGUAAAACACUGCAAAUAAAUUUUCUUAAGUGCAGACUUUUUAAGCACAUUUCCCAUACAAAUCCUUGUUCUUUUUGAAUGAAAGCAUGCACUCACGUUUGCUCAGUCGUAAACAAUUCACGAACUGAAAUUUGCGGUAAAACACUGCGUGUUCAAAUUCAAAUGUGGAGACUUUUACUGCAACUAAAAAACUUAAGUGUGGAAAAACACUGCAACUUAACAAAAUCAUACCUGAAUACCGCCACCAAUCUUGGUGUUUUCGAAUUCCAGCCACUGCAAGGCCUCCACGCUCUGAUUUUGUUGGUUGUGACGCCAGCCACCCAGAGGUUCCAAGGCAAUGGUGUACGGCUCCAAAAACUUCUUUUGAAACACUUUAAAAGCGGUACUGGCAAUGGUGACGCAUUCCACCGUAGGGUCUAUACCUGUCAGUUCCUUCAUUUCUUUUGCAAAUGUUUCCAUGGAUUGGGUUAAGACUUGCACAUCGCUUUUCAAAUAAGCGGACAGUUCUUUUUGACAGUCGAAGAAAUUCUUUUCGCCGUUUUUCAUUCAUACGUUCUGGAUGAUAAUCUUCUGCUUUGGGGUACUCGCCAAUGUAAUCAAUCUUGUCCUCCGAAAUAUAGGAAUAAGGGAAGAAACCCUUAUGCGCUUCCUUCAAAUUAAACGUAGCCGGCAAGCGUUCCAAGGGCAUGUUAAAAAAAUUCAAAGAAUCCCGAAAAAUCAUAUUUCCACACUGAAACGAUAAAAAUUUAGCCCCCAUACUUAACACUUUUUCCACCUUGUAGCCCUUAUCGUACAACAACUGCAAAAUAAACGAGGAAUCAAAGCCUCGCAUAUUAUGCGCAAACACAAAAACUUUCCGUUCUUUCAAUUCAGCCAUGACCGUUUUUGACAUCACAUCACUCAACAUAUCCAUCGCCUUGCCUGCUUCGCGGUAGCUGCCUUCCACAUUCACAUAUUGCCAGCCCACACGAACAUCCUCAAAAUCCUUAUUUUCAUCGACUGCACAUUCAAAAUCAAUGCAACACACCAGCGGGGGCGGUUCUUCGUCCUCUCUUUUUCACUUUUUUCCGCGGCUUCGGCCAUAUCUUCUAAAAUCGCGCGGUCUUUUUCGUUCAUUUCAUCGGCCUGGUCGAGAAGAUUGCUAAAGUCCAUUUCAAGGGGCUGUAUGUAGCACUGAUGAUUCGGCAACACUUUGCUUUUGCAAUUGGGGCAUCGAUGUUCACCACACACAUGUUUCUUUUUCUUUGAAAACUUGUACGUUUUACAGCACUCGGGACACUUUUUGAAUCGCUGACACAGCUUUGUUUUGUGAGCGGUAAAACAGUUCUGUCCGUAAAAGGUUUGACCGCAAUCCUUACAGAAUACGCGAACAGACUUUGGGGUUUUUUCUUCGGCACUUGUCACAGUUUUGACGAGAACAAUUAUGGUGCUUAACUGUAACCUCUGUUACAUUGGUGGCAGUAAUAACCCUUGUUUAGGAGAGCGGGUACACUUCGUAACCCGUGAAAAUGUUGUUCUACUUUGAGUAGACACAGUUUUUUAGGCGCCGAAUCAAACGAUUCAUUGCAAUACCAAAGAGCGCCGCAGAUUCCUUCAAAGAUUUUAAUUUGGUACCCUUGAGGGUCAAGAUGUUCUUGCAUUUUCUGAAUUUCCGGCAGACCGCACAGUCCUUCAGGAACCCCGGCUUCUUGAUGCAGUUUGUAGGCAAGAUGACCCUGCAGUCCGCGUCCUUGAGAAAUAUUUUUAUACUCUGGGUCUUGGUCCACAAAGGCUUUGGCGGACACCAAGGCUCGGGCGAAACAAAGUUCAUCUUUGUUCUUAAUGGUAAUCACGGAUCGUUUAUUGAGCAACUGCUCAAACGAUUUGUUGCCUGGCUUGUUUCUGGCCGGUCUUCCCCCCCAUUGCUGGGUCUUAAAAAAAGACAGUUCUGCGAAAAAUUCGCCGCUUGCAGCAUCAAAACUUUCCGCCGAGUUCAGUUGUUUUGCGAGCUUUUCCAACCACUGGCGCGCGAGGGGCGAACCUUGAAGCCACUCGCUCAGGGGAACUCUAGGACAACUGGUCCAGGUAUGAGUUCCAUUGCUGUGAUGGAUCGCCAUCAACAUAGAAUACUCGUCAGGGUUUACAAUGCCAUUGCGAGGAUCGCGGAUAAAAUUAAUUAGCCCUUGGUGGAAGGCUUCUGCAACCGCUUCUCCCUGAUAUUCUCCAUUCGGUGGGCGUAGUUGCUCUAGAGAAAAUCGGACUUGCAUUUGGAGGGCCACGCCACGGUGAAAUGAACGGGGCGCUCUCACUCGCUGCAUGUUCACGGCACAUAACGGAUUCCCACCAUGCUGAUCUGCACGGCGCGCGGCGAUGAGCAAUUCGUUUUCAUCGUCCGAAUCCAUUAAUUCUUCUCCUUGACUAGAUGUCCAGUGGGGCACAUCUGCCAGCCAGGAAUCAAGCGAGUCGUUCAUUAAAGCAAGAAUAUAGGGAUCCAUCGUUUUCGAAAAUUGAUUUAGCCAAAAAGCUCAGCACGGUAACACAGAAUAAACUGAAUGACGCUCAAAGAGACGCGAAUAAGUUAAAUACGUGAUUCGAUUUGCAUCCAGGCGUCAUAAACAAAAGAACGUUCUAAUGAGGAUUUCAAAAAGCCGUUCAAGACUGCACAAAAUUGUUUGGCUGAGUCAGCUAUACUCUUUGUUCUUUUCCCUGAAUUUGACAAUGCUCAGUUUAUUAGUUCUCAGAAAACCCCUCCCUGCCUGAACGUUCAUUUGACAGUUCAGUUCAUUAGUUCUAAGAAAAACCCCUCCCUGCCUGAACGUUCAUUUGACAGUUCAGUUCAUUUCUCUUUCCCCAAAAGACACAAGUAAAUUACACGCAAACUUAACUUUUAUUUACAUUUUACCUCCCUUCGGUAAAAUGUUACAAUAACUUUCUUAGUAAAUGCAAUGAGAGGAUCGUAUUUUAACCGCUAGUCGGCUAAAGUCCUUUUCAAAGCACUUUCUUCUUAUUUACAAACUGGAACAUAUCAGAUUCCUAAUGAAUCUGGUCCAACAAAGUCAUCUUGAUAAUCUUGAAAAAACCAAGGAAAAUCUAAUUUUAAGUGAGCGUAGGUUCGCUCAAAGCGCUCGAUCAUGGAUGUAAUAUGCGGAAAAAAAGGUUCGUCUAUUAACUUUAAAUCAUCCAAGGUUACAUUUAACACGGUAAUUCGAAAAUCAGUUUUCUGCUGGUUCAUUUCAAUCCACUCCGUAAAAGGAUUACAAGGUGAAAAACGAAUGUCCUGUAACACUUUUCUAUAAAAACAAACCAAGAGAUUGCAUUAUUCUAUCUUCAAGUAUCUCACGUCUUUCUAAAAUUGGAGUACCCGUAUAUAACUUAAAAAUUUUUGUGCCGUUCACUUUCAAAAUUCACUCUUUCAUAGCGGCCAUGUUUCAUUUGCCCCUCCACGCUCAAACCUUCCACGGCAAUUCUAAGACACUGAGAACAGGUUUCUCGACUAAAUGAAACCCAUUGGGCUGAUCUACAAAAAUGACGGUUCUUUAGUUGACGCAAACAUUUUCUAAAGAGAUGAAACAAACAAACAUUUACAAUUCUAAGCGUCUACGAAUAGGCGAAUAGUAAUACUUUUGAAUUAAACGCGCCUCCGCAUUCUUAUCCACAAAUUUCUUUUGCCUUUGCAAUCGUAAAUCGUCUAAGGUUAAACGAGUUGUUCUAAUUCGUUUACAAUGUGGGCAUCUUGAAUCUUCUCCUUACUUUUGAUACUUAACAGCAACCCACUCCGUUUUGUGACAAUACGUGUUCCAUCUUCGAAGUUUUAAGGCGUUUAUAGUAUUUCUAAAAUAUAACAGUCAACAAGCGCGUUUAAAAACACGUUUACAGUUCAAUCAUGCAACACUUAACCAGGUGCAGUCUUUAAUCCAAACAGAGAUUCCAGAAUCGGUCUAAAACACAACAUUCACUCAAGUAAAUCGUCAAUUUGUUUCCACAAUCGAUUUAAAAACGCAACAUCCCUUGGAUAUAUUUUUGAGUUUGAAAACAUGGUUUCGAUAAAACACAAAUCUGCGUAGACAAACCUGAAAAGGACGCGAUGUUCUUCUCUAUAUCUAUCUCUGUCUUGGGUGUAUUGUAGCGUCUGUAAAUCUCUGGCAGCAGGAUGGUGGGGGACUAAAAAGGUCUCGGCCAUGAACCCAGGUUUGGGUACUGCUUGUAAGGCGAGUUGGUAUAAAGUCUUCAUCUUGAGUAACGUAAACGUUGAUCUUAACACUGGGAUGAGCAGAGUAAAGUGACUUAACCAAAUUCACCCUUCCUUUAUACUAUUCAUGUCAUAUUCACGCUCAUUGGCGCGGAGACCACAAAUGUAGCGCGGCAAAAACCAAUUAACUUUUCGCCGUUCUUUCAAGUUCUAAACUUUAGCGCACCGCUCUUUUAAGUCGGCAAAAAACAAUACCCCUUUUCGCUCUUUUUCAAGUUCAACUCUUUUUGUUUUGCAAUCUGUUUUAAGAUGAACCAGAAAAAAUUUUAUUUUCAACGAUGGCUUCGCCUUUUGAAACCGAGGGAACUUUCCUAACGCAAGAACAAGCAGACCAUAUUAACGAGAGGCAUGUUUUUAAAAACGAACAUUUGAGAGCCUCUAAGUUUGAAUCACAAAUCGAUUUAGUCGAUUUGUUAAAGGCUGUCUCCGAACUCACCUGGGAACAUCACGAAGACGUCUCCGUAAUACACGAGGGCUGGAACGAAUACCAUGGACGCUUUUAUUUGUUCGUGUUUAAACUAAACCGGCAAAUUGGUACAGAUCCGGAAGGCUUUCCUGCCAAACACAUAGCGGUGUAUUAUUCGCGAGAAAUGGCAAAUAAUUUCAGCCUACCCAUUUAACUUCGCGUACUAUUGUCAAUUUCUAAGUAGGAAAAACAGAUCCUACUAAUUGUCUUAUGACAAAACGGUUCUUUUAGGAACCACCAAAUGAUUAAAAGUCAAUUACCAAUAAUGAGAAAGACUAGUUUAUUUUGCAGUAAACUUUCGUCGGAACGGGCUUAGCGCAAAGCGUUAGUACCGACGCCAGGUAACUUUUCAUUACGUUAAAGCUUACGGGUUCAAAUCUUUCUCUCUUUCAGGUCUUUCUUUUUCUAAGACCUAAAAGCAAAAUAGCUGACUCAGCGAGUUCUCAUGCAAAUUUGAAGCAAACAUGAAUUAGCAUACAAAACCACUGACUGGAACUUAUAAACUAGACACACAUUCUGGGAACUUUUAGAAGGCUCGCGCUUUAAAGACGUCCAGAACUAAAGAACUCGAAGAAGCUUGGUUUGGCUGUCAAGCAGAAUUAAAACAUGUCAAGGCUAUUUUAAAACUCAAAGAAACUUAUAUUCUUACCCUCAAAGAGUAUAUUCAAAGCCUCAAAAGAAAAGAGAUGAGAAGGCAACAAAGAGAGAAGAAGAGGGCAGCUGAAAAGAAAGCGGCAGACCUAAACAAAGUUGUCUGGAUUGGGGCUGGCGAAAUGGAAGCUUUAUGCGCUAAUUGUAAACGAUUUCUUAGAAAAACGAAAUAAAAUACUUCUCACUAUAUGCGACUCAGUGGUGUAAUGGUAACACAUCUGACACUACAUCAGAAGAUUUCAGGUUCGAUCCCUUUUACGCAAGAUUCGAUACUGCGCAUGCGUAGUACACAAGACACAUUCUGUCCCACAAGGGUGAGUCAUGACUUGCCUCCACAUAUAUAAGUUCAUCUUUACCGAUGUUUAAGUAACUAAGUUCCGAACACUCUUCGAAUUUUUGAUGAGUCUUAAACAAUAGAACUUUGAUUGACAACUAAGAACAAUAGCGGCGGCGGCGGCAUCCUUUGAGUUCCCCAGUGACGUCCCUCACUACUAGUAGGGAGACAAGUGGCGGAUCCAGGGGGAGGGUCCAGGGGGUCCGGGCCCUGCUAUCAGACCUGACCCUUGUUUGAGACUAGAAUUCUUACAUCGACAGGAUCGUAUCUCACUUUUCAUUUUUUCUUAAUGAAAUGCGCGUUGCAUUUUGCCACUAAAUUCCGCAGAUAUUCAAAAAUUUAAUUGUUUUUUGGUACCCUCCUAUGAUCUGUUCGCCUCUGCUCGCAAAGUAUUUCCCGCGUCAACGGCGACCGGUGUUCACAGACAGUCCUUUCCGAACCAAAGUUUGGACCCCCCAGUCAAAAAUUCCUGGAUCCGCCCCUGGACUAGUAGCCCUUGAUGCAGCCAAUUGUGCCACUCAAAACCUGGGACAAGCUUAAUAAGAGCUUUUAAAUUAAAAUAGGUGGUUAAAUGACCCCGAUUCUUGUUGCCAAGUACCUUGCUUGACUUCCCUAACGUUUUCAUUGCUUAAAUUUUAGCAGUUCUAGUUUCCCUAAUGAGCAGUUACUAGCUGCCUUGUAAGUUAAUUAGUGCAGUAAGUUUGUAAUUUGAAAGGCUGACAAAAAGGGUAAUAAAAAAGUGUGGUUGCAUUUGAUGUUUUAUGGAAAGUCUAAUGUUAUUUUAUGUCGGGUAAUUUCCCUUUGGGCCUAGGAAUGAAGUAAGCAAAGUUGCAGUCAAUGUUGUGUUAACGUUGCAAGUUUUUGCCUUCCUUAGUACUUCGUCUCGCUUGCGUAAGCAGCGAGACUCAUAAUCUGCAAAGCGUUUUUCGUCGUAUCUUGUACACAAAUGGGGGGCCAUUCUGCCAGGCGUUCCUUGCGGAGACCGUGGAAACUGGGACUAAGAAUCGUUGCGUGAUCGAAGCCACGCAUGUUUAGGAAAUAUUAAAUUUAGAGCUUUUCCGAAACAUGUCGGUCCACCAGCAAAACUGCGAUGGUCGGGUGUUUUAAACUUCAUUGUAUGCAAAUGAGUCUUGAAUAAGCAUGCGGUUUAUUUUCGGCGAUGAUUGAAAUGACGUGCCAUGUAAAUCACUUUUUUGAUCUCUGGCAAUGAUGUAAUUUCUCUGGAAUUGAGGCCCCUGAAUUUUCGCGUAUUUAUACACGCGUAUGGCCUGCGACCCCAGACGUAUUUCCGGUCGUCGCUAACACGCGUACUAAAUCAAUUCAGAAACAAGUAAAAAGUACCGACGUCGAUAAAGUAGGAAGUAAAAAACUUUUUGCGAGAAAAUCCUGUUUCGUGUAGAAUUAAUCGCCUCCUCAUUUCUCGAUCUAAUCUCCAAGCAAGCGAGACUGAUUAUCGCUGUAAGCGCGUUCUUGUUAUUCAUGCAAUUGGAUUGGUUGUACCACAUAAUUAAAGAAACAAAAACAUUGAAACUUCUUUUGUCAUGUGGCUGUACACAUCUUUGCUUUUUGAUUAUGAAAAUGUGCCAAAUAAAGUUUCUUCACACCAUUAUAUACUAAUAAAAUGAUUUUAAUUGUGCCAUUUUAAAUGUGCUUUUAGCCAAUCAGAAUUGGGGAAAUAUUUUGAAUGAAUAACAAUAUUAAAUAUUUGUUUACACUAGAGCAUUUAAUGGAUUAAUUUGUUCACUGUUUUAGGAUGCAGAUUGUUCAGACCACCUUUUACAAGCUACUCAACAAAACAAAAAGGUGCGUCAGAUUUGUUGUCUAAGAAAGAAAUGGAGCGAUUUUGACUGAAGCUACAGAGUUAUUGGCAUCAUUAAUAUACUGUAAAAUUCCGAAAAUAAGCCCUGGGGCUUGUAUUUUUCAAACGCCCUUUCUGAGCGGCUUAUUUUUGGAGGGGCUUAUCUACGGAGGGAAAUUGCGUUUCAAAAUUGAUUGGGCUAGCCUUAUAGUUGGAAGGAAAUUUACUGUUUUUCCUUUAAUUGUUUUACUUUGUAUUUGAGGGCAAUUUCCAAAUACAACCACCGGGGGGGCUUAUAUUUGGAGGGGCGAUUUAACGGAGGGUUUUUUGCGUUGCGAGUUUGGGGGGCUUAUAUUUGAAGGGGCUUAUUUUAGGAAUUUUAUGGUAAUUUAUCUUAUAGCAUUAGUUGUUAUCAUUGCUCCAUAUAAAAUGGAUGUUGACCCAUCAUUAAAUUAAUAAUGAUGAGUAAUACUGCAGUCUUUAAAAAAGAAAUCAUUUUAUCAAGAAUAACUAAUACUUUGAAUGCUGAGAACUAAAUGACAGUAUUUCUUUAUCUGCAUUCAUGCUAACAACAAUCCAUGAAGCAAACUUAAUCUUUUCGCGUUUUUCUACCAGUUUUUAAAGCAUUUUGUUGCAAAUGCCAAAGCCCGUGGGAUUGCAGCAGUCAACGGUGGAUUUGAAAAAGCCAUACGUAUACUGAAGGUACUUUAAAAUUCAUUGAACACAGGGGCGUAGCUAGGGGGGGUCCUGGGGUGCCCGUGCCCCCCCCUUGGUAGGCCUUCUUUUGAGCAGACAACCUACAAUAUUCAGGUGGCGAAAACGCCAUGACAAUAUCUUGGCCGUAAGAGCCAUUGUUGAAAAGCCCACUUUUUAAAUAUUUGUCUUUUUGUAAAGUAUUUUCGUCAACGGCUCUUGUCUUAAGUUAAUAUGAGCCUUCAUGCCGCGAUAAUACGACUGAGCCCGCUGAUACACGAGAGAGAGCAGCGGUAUAAACCAUAUAUAGUCGGCGAUCCCCGGAUGGUGUCCCUGGUGAGUAGCCUCUGUGACCCCCCCUUUGAAAAAUCCUGGCUACACCCCUGGAACAUGAUUGUUUGUGAAAACAAUAUCAUUGUCUUGUCUGAACAUUGUGAAUGAACUGGGUGUACUGUAAAUGUUUAACAAAUCAUUUUCUUUAGCUAGUCUAUUAUUCAUCUUACUCAGUUCAGGGGUUUAAAGAAUAUUGCUGCUGUUUUAGGUCAAUGCUGUGCUGAAGUCAUAGUCUUACUGCCUUUACCCCUACUCAAACAAUUUCAUCGGGAAGCAGUAAUCAUUAGAAUAUUUUUGGAGAUCUUUGCAGGCAUAGCAUUAAAACUUCCAAUUUUUUCAAGUUCUUCAAUCCACGUCCAUAUCCUUUCCAUCCUUUCCAACAGACGACAGGAAACAGUUUCAAUACCUAACUAUAGUCUUGAAAAACAAAACUUGACCAUUGUUUUUGGAAUUCCAUUUGAAGAGGGAAAAGCUGUCAGUUUUUAAAACGAUAGCAAAUCACACGACAUUGCCCCUUUUACUUUCUGAAUUGACCAGGGAUUUGGUUGGUAACCGGUCAAGUCACCCGAAAGUCAUCUCGCCCGAAAGUUUUAGUCAAGUCGCCCGAAAUUGUAAUGAAGAGUGUAUGUAAUAUACCUCGUUUUUAGCCUUGAUGAAACGAAACCAGCCCGUCAAAUGAGUAAUAUAUCUUGUUUUUAAAGAUUUGAUGACACGAAACAAGCGCGAUGUUAGGCUGUUGCUAAGCAUGAUAAAAUUUUCGGGGGACUUGACUAAAAAUUUGGGGCGACAUAACUCUGGUUUCGGGCGACAUAUAUAACUUCGGGCGACUUGACUGUAAACCAUUAUGUUAUAAGUAGGUGGAAUAUGAUUGUCUGAUGAGUGUAGUCCUGAAAAGGAUUGCUGCUAAUGAAUAUCAAGGACAAGGGAAGGAAAGGCUUUGACAACAAUUAAUACACCAUUUUUUGAGAUAAUUCUUACAGUAUCUUCUUAUCUGGCCUCUGGUUUCUCUUAUAAGGUAACGUUUGGUUUUUAAUCAUUCUGUAGGAAUCCCGGGAAGAAAAGAAGUACACAUCCUCGAAUUGCACACAAGCAAUCAUUCUUUUCACAGAUGGGAUUGAGGAUAACGAGGCCACAAAAACUAAAGAUACAUUAAAGGAACGAAAUGGGGACAAAAAGGUA